ACAGGGACAACUCAGGGACAACUCAGGGACAACUCAGGGACAACACAGGGACAACACAGGGACAACUCAGGGACAACACAGGGACAACNAACACAGGGACAACACAGGGACAACUCAGGGACAACACAGGGACAACACAGGGACAACACCUGUGUGUGUAUAUGUUUGUGGUAUGUCAGUGUUGUGUGUGUGUGUCCAGGGGACGCUGGUCGGGGUGUGUGGGAGCGUUGGCAGUGGGAAAACCUCCCUGAUGUCGGCCAUCUUAGGACAGAUGGCGGUGUUGGAGGGUCGUGUGGCGGUCAGAGGACGGCUGGCCUAUGUGGCUCAGCAGGCCUGGAUCCUCAACGCAACGCUGAGAGACAACAUCCUGUUUGGACAGGAGUACCAGGAGGACAGGUACCAGUCCGUGCUGAGUGCGUGCUGUCUCAGACCAGACCUCCUCCUGCUGCCCAACGCUGACCUCACAGAG